AUGGUCAAGUGCAUGAACUGGGAUUUCAUAGGGGUGGGAUGGAAUGCGCGAGCACAAGCAGAGGGGAACGAGGGAAUAAGAGAGGUGGUGGGAUGGGGAGUAGGGCAGGGAGCAGUGGAGACGGUAGGAACAGGGUUCAGGAGGCAAGUACGAGUGUGUGCGGGAGUGAUGGUGAGAGUGGGAGUGAGAGGGGGAGUGAGAAGGGAAGUGAAAGGGGGAGUGAGAGGGGGAGUGGAAGCAGAAGCCGAGGCUCCAUUGACGGAAGCAGCAGCAACAGCAGCAGCAGCAGCAGCAGCAGUAGCCCGGCACUCCUAUUCAGAUUUCUUGAAGUCCUUGUCUGCGGAGCCCUCUCUCUUGUAUUCUCAAACCUCACCUCAUAACUCUCCUUCACAUCAACCUUCUCAAGCACCCAAUGCACGGUUCCCUCACGCUUCCUUCUCCGAUCCACUCCCUUCUCAGCCGAACCUGCCAAGAUCAUCAUCAGCAGACGUUGUUCCUUCUCCUUCUGUGCCCGAUUGCACAGUACCUUCUCCCGAUGUACCUUCCUCGGAUGUACCUGCACCUAGAGUGCCGUAUUCUAGUGCACCCUACUCCACUGUUGCUUCGAUCCGCAUGAGCGAUUGGAGGCUGGAUGGAGGAGGCAGGGUGGUUCUGAGGAGCGACUUGCAGGCAGAGCAAUCGGAGCUGGUUGUGCAUCUGCAGCAGCAGCAGCAGCAUACUGAGCCGCAACAUCAGCAGCAGAAGAAGAAGAAACAGCAACAGCAGGGGCAGCAGCAGCAACGACAACAACAGCGGCGGCAGCAAGAGGAGCAGCAGGAGGAGCAGCAGGAGGAGGAGCAGCAGCAGGAGGAGGAGGAGGAGGAGGAGGAGGAGGAGGAGGAGGAGGAGGAGGAGGAGCAGCAGCAGCAGCAGCAGCAGCAGCAGCAGCAGCAGCAGCAGCAGCAGCAGCAGCAGCAGCAGCAGCAGCAGCAGCAGCAGCAGCAGCAGCAGCAGCAGCAGCAGCAGCAGCAGCAGCAGCAGCAGCAGCAGCAGCAGCAGCAGCAGCAGAAGCAGCAGCAGCAAAUGCAGAGGCAGAAUAAUAAUAAUAAUAAUAAUAAGCAGCAUAUUCAGGCAGACCUGGAGUAG